UAGACAGCACCCACCCACCCACACCCUCUCUUUCCCUGCCGAGGAGCGUCACGCAGUUGUCCAGUGCGUCUCCUCAGCAACUCCAGGAAACCGGAUCGCAGGGAAUAUCGUUCAAAGGAAAGGUAGCAGGAGGAGGAGUAGCCUAGACUACACAACAGAAACCGUGAAAGUUGUCUAGGGAAGAGGGGCCUCCCCAAAACCUGAGCCAUGAGUCGCAGCAUCGUGCGGCAGAGUAAGUUUCGCCACGUUUUUGGCCAGACGGUCAAGGCUGAGCAGGGUUACGAUGACAUCCGUGUUUCCAAGGUGACGUGGGACAGCUCCUUCUGUGCCGUCAACCCAAAGUUCCUGGCAGUCAUCGUUGAAUCCAGCGGAGGAGGAGCUUUCCUGGUCCUGCCCCUCUCUAAAUCAGGUCGCGUGGAUAAGAAUUAUCCGCUGGUGAUCGGCCACUCUGGACCGGUCCUCGAUAUCGACUGGUGCCCUCAUGACGACAACAUCCUGGCCAGCUGUUCCGAGGACUGUACUGCAAUGGUGUGGCAGAUCCCAGAUCGCUCACUGACCAGCCCCAUCUCUGAUCCCAUUGUGAUCCUGGAGGGACACUCCAAACGUGUUGGCAUUGUCACCUGGCACCCCACCGCACGCAAUAUACUACUCACUGCGGGCAGUGAUAACUUGAUUAUAAUCUGGAACGUGGGAACAGGCGAGCCCCUCAUCACCAUGGAAGACCACCCAGACCUCAUCUACAGCAUAAGCUGGAACCGAAACGGCAGCUUGUUUUGCACCACCUGUAAGGACCGACGUCUGCGUGUCUGUGACCCCCGCAAGAGGGAGGUGGUUGCGGAACGUCUGGCUCCACAUGAGGGGAUCCGGCCAAUGAGAGCCAUCUUCACCAGAGACGGAAACAUCUUCACCACAGGAUUCACCAGGAUGAGCCAGAGAGAGCUCGGACUCUGGGACCCGACAAAUUUUGAGGAGCCCAUUGCACUGUUGGAGUUGGACACAAGUAAUGGAGUGUUGUUACCAUAUUAUGAUGCAGAUGCAAACAUGGUCUACCUCUGUGGAAAGGGGGACAGCAGUAUCCGUUACUUUGAGAUCACAGACGAGCCGCCAUACGUCCACUACCUCAGCACCUUCAGCAGUAAGGAGCCCCAGAGAGGGAUGGGAUUCAUGCCCAAGAGAGGUGUGGACGUCAGCAAAUGUGAGAUCGCUAGGUUAUUCAAGCUCCUUGACAAGAAGUGUGAGCCCAUCACAAUGACAGUGCCCAGAAAGUCCGACCUCUUCCAGGACGACCUGUACCCAGACACAGCGGGGCCCGAGCCCGCCAUGGAGGCUGAAGAGUGGCUGAAUGGCCGCGACGAAGAUCCAAUUCUGGUGUCCAUGAGGGGGGGCUAUGUGGCGCCAAAGAACCGAGAGCUCAAAGUGGCAAAGAAGAAUGUGCUGGACUCCAGACCCACCACUCGACGCAGCAUGUCUGCUUUGGAAACCAAUAGUCUGCAGGCUGAGUUGCAUGAGAGGUUGUUGGAGGAGAUUCAGGAUCUGAAGGCCACAGUUUUGUCCCAGGAGAAAAGAAUCUGUGACUUGGAGAAUAAGCUUUCCCAGUACACCAAUGGCACUGCCUGAUGUGCAUAAAACACACCUUCUGAAGAACUGGUCUAAAUUACAGAAUAACACAACAACUAUAGAAACACAUUUCCCUUGUAUUGACAAGGAACCACUCACCUAAAUACUCCAACAGUGUCGCCCCUCUAAAAUGUACCAUUGUGUAAGAAUAUGAAUGUGGACAAUGUAAAUGCAUAUUGACGGUCCAACAAAUUCGAACAAUUACAUCUGAACUAUCUAUUGAAAUUGUUUUGCAGUUGAUUCUACAUAAUCCACAUUCCAGUUGUAUCACAAUGUACCGUGAAUGUUACGGCAAAGAUAUGUUAAUAUUUUCACACCUACAAAAGUGGAGUAAGGGGGUGGUAGGUUAGAGGGACAUGUGCAAGUUGUUUUAAAGGUCUAAAGAAAGUCACCACUGUUAUCAAAUGCCAGAAAAAGACUUUCUGCCUGGAAUGGUUUGGUUUUGGUAAAUUGCAUCAACAUACUCCCAAAA